UCCGAAAAAAACAAUAACCGGCAACUGAAACAUUUUACAACCGUAUACGAGUGCAAUUCACAUGCAGUAGAAAGUGCGCGGUGCAAGGAAGAGUGUGUGAUUGCGUUUGUAGUGACUGGCAAGUUGCUCCUGGGAACCAGAAUGAGUAAUUUAAUGACCAGGGUAUUUUUACAAAGAUUACCCCCAAAGCUAUGUGCUGGCAUUAGUGUGGGGAGUAACCGAUACAAACACAGCCACUGGGAACACCAUGAGAAUGGGUCAAGCGAAAGACAUUGGGUAUAUUCGCGGAACUCUGCUGUUGCAGGUUUGAUUGGGGUAGGGGCUGGAGUUGCCCUUUGGCUCAACGCUCAUCGGUCUGCAGAGGCAGCCAGUCUGCUCACAACAGACCAAGAGGUUUCUGCCUUUGGGGCUUAUCGUGAUGGUCUACCAGAAUACACACUUGAUGAUGUGUCCAAACAUGCAUCUGUGAAAGAGAGGGUGUGGGUGGCAUACAGACAUGGCGUUUAUGACAUCACCGAUUUUAUCCAGGAACAUCCAGGUGGCGACAAAAUCCUUAUGGGUGCAGGAGGUUCUGUUGAACCUUUCUGGGCCCUGUAUGCUGUUCACAAAAACCCACAUGUGCUGGAGUUGUUUGAGAAGUACAGAAUUGGAAACUUAUCUUCAAGUGAUGUUGGUGCACAUGUUAAAGACAUGGAUGACCCUUAUGGUAAUGAGCCUCGUAGACAUGUCGCCUUAAAGCCUUCAUCGAAAAAGCCUUUCAACGCUGAACCUCCUCUGCCUUUACUUGCCGACAAUCUGAUUACACCAAAUGAGCUCUUCUAUGUCCGAAACCACCUGCCAGUCCCAGACGUAGAUGCCUCGACCUACGAGUUGGACAUCACUGAUGAAGAGACUGAUAAGGAGAAAGUCCUUACACUGGAUGCCAUCAAGAAGUACCCCAAGCACACAGUGACCGCCACAAUACAAUGUGCAGGAAACCGUCGUUCAGAAAUGACAAGAGUGAAAGCUGUUAAAGGAUUGAGCUGGGGCCAAGCAGCUAUUGGAAAUGCCAAGUGGAGUGGAGCACGACUCUGUGAUGUGCUCAAGGAUAUGGGCAUAGAGCGAGACACCACAGAUGCUUUACAUGUACAGUUUGAGGGGCUGGAUACAGAUCCUGCAAACAUGCCGUAUGGUUCAAGUAUACCCAUUGAGAAAGCGCUAGACCCCUACGGAGAUGUUAUUCUGGCAUAUGAGAUGAAUGGUGAAACCAUACCGAGGGAUCAUGGCUACCCUAUCAGGGUUAUAGUACCUGGGGUUGUGGGUGCUAGAAAUGUAAAGUGGCUGGGUAAAAUUAUUAUAUCUAAGAAAGAAUCAGAUGCCCACUGGCAGCAGAAUGACUACAAAGGCUUUGCCCCAAAUGUUGACUGGGACACGGUUGAUUUCAAGAAAUCUCCCGCUAUUCAGGAACUGCCAGUUAUCUCUGCUAUUUGUGAGCCACUAGAAGGAGGGACGGUGAAGGUCAAAAAUGGCAAGGUCAAGCUGAGAG